UUAGUGAAGGAGGGGCUCUGCCUGCCAAAACGGGAAAUGCGUUCACAUUUGACUGGGCUGUAAUAGCUGUUCUCACAGUAUAUGAACAAAGGGGACAUUUUGAAAGGCACGUAGUAGGUAGCAGGACAGAGCAGCGAAUGGAAGUUUAAUUUAUCCUUAAAUUCCUAGAGGAAUCAGGUAUCGUCGUGUUUUUCCAACCAACAACAGAGGACAGAAGCAGGAACUCACUAUGUCUGAUGGGGACUACGAUUACCUCAUCAAGUUCCUAGCUCUUGGAGACUCUGGGGUUGGGAAGACAAGCUUCCUGUAUCAGUACACAGAUGGCAAAUUCAGCUCCAAGUUCAUCACCACAGUGGGCAUCGAUUUCAGAGAAAAGCGGGUGGUAUACAAAUCCAACGGUCCUGACGGGGUAGCGGGAAAAGGCCAAAGAAUCCAUAUUCAGCUGUGGGAUACAGCGGGACAGGAAAGGUUUCGGAGCUUAACGACAGCUUUCUUCCGAGAUGCCAUGGGUUUUCUUCUAUUGUUUGAUCUCACAAAUGAGCAAAGCUUUCUCAACGUCAGAAACUGGAUGAGUCAGCUACAGAUGCACGCAUACUGCGAGAACCCAGACAUUGUGCUGUGUGGUAACAAGUGUGACCUGGAUGAGCAGAGAGCCGUCAAAGAAGAGGAGGCCAAGGAGCUGGCGGAGAAGUAUGGAAUUCCCUACUUUGAGACGAGCGCGGCAAACGGCACCAACGUGAAUCAGUCGGUGGAGGUUCUGCUGGACCUGAUCAUGAAGAGGAUGGAGCGCUGCGUGGACAAGUCGUGGAUCCCAGAUGGCACGGUGAGGUCAAACGGGCACAGCACCAGCGAGAAGAUGGCAGAGCAGACGGAGGAGACGAAAGGCAAAUGCAGCUGUUAAGAGUAUGAAAGGCAGGCAGGGCUGACUGAGCCGACCCCAUCGCCAUCACUGGGGAGAGCUGGUACUACACAGUACUACGGUGUGUCACGUGUUUACCGACCAACGGCACUGGGAGUCCUCUGCUAGGCAGGUGAAAAGUGGGAUUUGCUAACGUAUGUCCACCAGGUACAUCAAGUUAAUUUUGCUCAUCUGCACUAGUCGUGGGUCCCAAGGAAAUUGUCAGUUAUUUCGAUGUACAUACAUUUUGGUCCGUACGUAUUUCCACCAUGACGCGAUUUUUAUAAUUUUGUCUCUGUACAUGUGCACAAUGAAUUUGAAAUUAAGCAAUCAAGAUGUGAUUGAAGUGAAUUACAGCCGUUUUCAGGGAAGUAGUUCGACAAACUAACAAUAUCAUAACAAUAGUGAUCAUUUUAAUACUUGGGUGAAAAUCCUCUAUAGUCAAUGACUGUCUGAAGCCUGGAAUCCAAAGACAUCGGCAAGUGCUGGGUUUUCUACCUAGUGACGCCUCGACAGGCCUUCAGUCUUCAGUUGCUGCUUUUUAUUUGUUGGUCUUUCUGCCUUUGGUUUUGCCUUCAGCAAGUGGAAUAGAUGUUUAGUUAGGUUGAAGUCAGGUGACCAACGCCAUUGAAAAGUAUUCUCCUCCUUCGCCAUGAAGAACUCUUGGGCUGCUUUCGUAUUCUGCUUUGGGUCAUUGUCCAUCUGUUUGGGGUAGUGCUGUCCUCCCAGUUUUGCAGCAUUUGCUGAAUCUGAGCAGAUAGUACGGCCUCAUUCACUGUGGAAUUCAUCCUGGCGCUUCUGUCAGCAGUCAUACCAUCAAUAGAUACCACAGGGACGGAUUAUGGGUUGUGUGGGCUCCUGGGCAAAACGUUCGCGAGGGCCCCCCACCACCACAGCCACCACAAUUCAAGGGCCCUUGGCAGCCAAACGCCCUCCCUAUAGGGUCAGGGGCUCUUGUAGGCAGAGGAUCAAAGAAUGUAGGCCCUCUAAAAUAGACAAACGAAAAUACAUUGUUGAUAAGCGUUGCAAAUUGUUUUGGGCUAGGGGCCCCACGGGCCCCCUGCACCUCAAGGGCCCCUGGGCAGCGGCCCCGCUGGCCCGGUCCGUAAUCCGUCCCUGAGAUACCAGUGAUCCAAUUCCACUUGCAGCCAUACAUACCAUCCCAUAAUACUGCCUUCACCCUGUUUCACAGAUGAUGUGGUAUGCUUAGGAUCAUGAGCCAUUCUUUCCCUUCUCCAUACUUUUUAAAUCUAUACAAAGAAUUCUGACCUGGGCAAACGUUUUAAAUUUUUUCUGGCAGUCUAACCUGGCCUUCAUAUUAGUGAGGAUCACCAGUGGUUUGCGCCUUGUGGUAAACCCUCCAUUUGCUUUCAUGAAGUCGUCUUUUGAUUGCAGACUUUGGAAAUGAUACGAGGUAUCCCUACCUCCUUCAGAGUGUUCUUAACUUGGCUAGAUGUUGAGAGGGUUUUUUUUUUCGCCAAAGAAAGCAUUCUGCAGUCAUCCACUACAGUGUAUUUAAUAGAAUUAUGGACAGCCCACACCGGGCUAUGAAACAGCUUGUUAGUCAUUGUCCAGUUAAUUUUGAACUCUUAAAAAUUAGGGUUGUAAUUUAUAAAUUUAUUAAACCCCUUUAAAGCUGAAAGUCUACACUUAAAUCAGAUCUUGAUUGUUUUAUGUCAGAUCCAUUGUGGUGACAUACAAAGCCAUAAUUAUGAGAAUUGAACAAACUGUACCAGCACUUGCCAGGUGUACGUACACCUUGACUACCUGUUGAUGAUUGUGAAUUUAGUUUUUCAGAAAAUUUGAUUUCUUAAUGUAAUAUUUCUUAAGAACAGGAUCCGCUCCACCACUUUCCAAAUUCUCAGUUUUUAAUGAAUUGUUGGUUCUAUAAAUAGAAGCAAGUAGGUCUAGAUUAUUAUUGGUUUUUUUUUUGUUUUUUUUUAAAGAAGGAUUAUAUAAAAAUGUGCCAAGUAUAAACUCUAUAUGGGGUAAUCAAUUACAAAAAUGUUGCUGUUUAUGAAAAUGAAGUUAGCGCUGUUUGUUGGGAGCACAACGAAAGUGACGAACGAUUUAGUGGUGAACUGUCCGUGUAGGAACCACUCGUUAACCAUGUUCACUGGAGCUGCUCCUGUGGGGGUAAAAUUUUUAAAAAUGUAUUUUUUUGUACUGGUUUUUAUAGUUUUAAGACACUGUGCCAUUUUUCAGUGUAAAUAGUUAUAAACAGCAUUAGACAUUGGGAUGAUCUCCCAAAGGAAAUGUCGGAGAAAUUUGGAAUAUAAAACCGUGGUCAUCGGCUGCCUUAAUCGCGACAGGAAACCCACGUGCGACAUAGUGCUGCCCUCUGCCGGUUGAGAGUGAUUUUUAGCGAAGACUUAAAACCAUCUGAAUAUCUCUUGAAUUUAAAGCUGAAAUAUGAUCAAUGCAUUAAAUUGGCUGCGUUCUAAGUACAUUUGUACCGCAGGUUUUUUUAACAUUAAAAGGUCUGACAAAGGUUUUGUGAGCUGUUUUGAAUCUACCAUCCUGUUUGUUACUGUUUCACUGCCUAAACACACUUAAUGCCAAAUAUGUAUACUGUAUUCCUUAUUCAGAAGAUGCUUGUGUUUUAUUUAUCAAAAUCAUUUUCUCUCCUGAAAUCUCUGUACAUGCUUUAGGCCUGGGACAUUGGAUUGAGGAGAGAAAGGUUUUCUGGACUUUGAUAUUUAUCUUGCCUGCAUAACGUCAGUUGACACGUUUUUGGAAUUAAUUUUAAAUUACUGAUAUAGGCAUAUUUUACACUAGUUUUUUAGUGAAUACUUAUAUGCCUAUAUAUACAACGUGCAUGUUACUAUUACUGUUAUAAAUAAACUUGGGCGCAGGACAGCUGCUGAUAGGCCUACAGGUGAGUAGGUUCCGGUCGUAUCACAGAAAAUUCACUAUUUACUUAAUGUUCCUUUGAUUUCAAUACGGCAGUCACAGAGUUAAAAGAUGUGUUAUCCAUUGUAAGCACCUUGAUGUUCAUAAAUCAAAUAAAAUGCAAACUGGA